CUCUUGAAUGAACAAUUGAUUGGACUUCUCAUGGAGAAUUCCUAGAAUUCCCCGAGAUUUUUUAGUGAGUCCUAGAAAUUCCCCAUUCGUUAACCAAUGACAGAUCUACACACGUACGUUUUACACGACGUUUAUAAUAAUAGUUUAGUGUAUGUCGGUAUAAACCAAAGUUAUUGUGAUCGUCGUCGAAUAUUUCCUUGUACGAUACAUAUUUCAAUAACAUUCCAAUAAUUUCAUGAUUUUCCAGUUAACAUUCCUUUUUUAUCACAAGUUAUGAUGCUCGUGAAUUCUGCAAUUUUACUUAAUUUAUUAUUGAUAUAUUCCGCUUUUGGCGGUCCCGAAGAAGAACAAGGAGUAAAAUACGCUAAUAAAUGUGAAGUAUGUAAAGUUUUAGCUACAGAACUUGAAGCUAGAUUAGAUGAAACUGGAAAAACACAUGAUGUAUUAGAGAUGGGAUAUUCAGUAGAUGCACCUAAAAAGAAAAAAGAAUACAAGAAAUCAGAGUUACGAUUACUAGAAUCUCUGGAAAAUGUUUGCGAACGUAUAUUGGAGUACAAUAUACACAAAGAACGUACAGAUAGUACAAGAUUUGCAAAGGGAAUGAGUCAAACAUUCACGACAUUGCAUAAUCUUGUAAACAAGGGAGUUAAAGUAGAGUUGGGAAUUCCAUAUGAAUUGUGGGAUAAGCCUUCUGUUGAGAUAACAACUCUAAAAACACAGUGUGAAGAUUUGCUUGAGAAUCACGAAGCUGAUAUUGAAGACUGGUAUAAAAAUCAUCAGGGAGAGGUUUCUUUAAUUAAAUAUUUAUGUUCCGAGCGUGCAUUGAAAGAACAAAAUGAUUCUUGUCUGUACGAGAAAGGGGACACUGGGAAAGAUCUCGAAAAAGAGAAAAGAAAGAAAAACAAGGAAUCAAAUAAUAAAAGAAUUUUGAAUAAUAAUUCUCAGUAUGCAAAGCAAGAGCUGUAAACCUACAAGAAUAAAUUGCCUCAACAAAUACAUUCAUAUAGAUAUCUUAGUAAUAGACUAAGACAUGAUGAGAUUUUAUUAAGAAAUAUGAUCUGUUAUA